UAUAAAUUAUAGAAACAAGAUUCAUAGUUGGCGACCUACUUUUAUUAUUUCAAAAUUAAAAUCUAAAAAUUGAACAUACAUAUCUUGAACUAGAUAUUAUAUUGAAUAUGCAACAAAAUGAGUUUGAUACUAUAAUGGAACAAAUUGGGUUUGGAAAAGUUCAUUGCUAUGUUAUGCUUACGCUGGGAUUGCUGCAGAUGCUAACCAUUCAUGAGACAAUGGGAAUGGGUAUCAUAGCUCCCUCGGCUGUCUGCGACUUACGAAUGAGUCUUGUACAAUUAUCAUCAAUAACAGCCGGCUUUUUGGGAAUUAUUUGCUCAUCAUAUUUCUGGGGAUAUAUUACUGAUAAAAUGGGUCGAAGGUGGAUCCUAUUGCACACAAUUUCUAUAAGUAAUUUAUGUUCGGUAAUAUCUAUGUUUAUGGUUAGUUUCACAAGCUUCUUCGCUAUGCGUUUUUAACGGGUAUAUUGUAAUGUUGCUGGACCCAGCUUUGUUGCCGUAACAUACCUAAGCGAGUUUUGUAACAAGCAAAUUUUAGCACGGGCAGUAACACAUAUGUACAUGUUUACAGGAUUUGCAAUGUUUUAUUGCCCCUCAUGGGCAACUUUAUUUCUGUCAUAUAGUGGGAUGGACUUCGAGUUAUCUAUCGUAAAAAGUUGGUCAUUUCGACCCUGGAGACUACUAGGAUGUAUGUUCAUGUUGCCCGGUCUAGUUGCUUUUCUAUUGCUACAAAUGCCAGAAAGUCCAAAAUUCCUAUUCAUGAUUGGCGACACAAAGCAGGGAUUGGCGAUAAUGGAUUGGAUUAGUAAAAAUACAGGUUAUCCCUUAAGUGCCGAACAAGUGGCAUUGAUGCAAAAGUAUCAGGAGUCGACAGGAGUGGGACGUCAUAAACGAGCAAAUAAUAUUAUUCAGACGAUGAUUAAUGAUGCUAUGCCUUUAUUUCGCAAGCCUUACGUCGGGUUUUAUGUUGGUAGCUGCUCAGUGAUGUUUAGUCUGGGAUUGGUUGCUAAUGGCUUGGGAAUUUGGUUUACCGCAAUGCGCAACCGAUCAAACAUGCGGCUAGAUAAUAAGUCUGAAAUGACAUUUUGUAGAGUAUUAUUCAGUAUUUCUUCAAAUGAUCUUCAAGAUAGUGAAGAGGAUCUAGUGGUUGCCUGCAACGAUGGAUUCAUUGGAUUUCAUGAUUCACUAAUAUUAGGACUAACAUACAUAAUUCUCUACAAUAUUUGCUGGUUCAUGCUUUUUUUACCCCGAAAGGCGAUGUUCAUUGCCGCCCUCGUCAUUUCCUCUUCUUGUGGUUUUGCUUUAAUUUUUGUAACCGGCCGUUGGCUGCCUUUUAGUUUUGUUUUAUUUAUAGCUUUACCAGGAGUCGUGAUAAGUCUACUUGGUGGUGCACUCCUCGAGUUUGUCCCGACAUAUCUGCGUGCCAAGGCGUUAUGCAUUAGUUUAAUGUGGUGUCGUUGGGGAGCUGUCAUUGGCACCACAAUUAUUGGUAUCUAUCUUGAAAAGAGCUGUGAGAUGACCAUUUUGGUGAUUGCUAUUUUUCCAAUGCUUUCUGCAAGCAUUGAAGGCUUUUUGCCCCUGUAGAUUUCAACUGCAAUUUCACACAGACCCCUUUAUACAGUGGCUUAGAGGAUACGACUAUUCAGCUACAGCUUUUGCUAAAACAGUAAUGAUAUUUAACUUUUAUGUAUCAACUUUCGUUGAUUCAUAAAGAAUGUUCAAAUCGUGAUUAAACUGUGUUCAAAUAAUAAUAUAUU